AUGAAGAGAAUAAAUGAAAAAGGAAUUGGUGAUAUCAUUAAUGUCAGCGAUGUAAUGAUGAAAAGAAAUUUUGACUCAUUAUUUACAAAACCGAAAACAGAAUAUAGUCUUUAUGACGUAAUUACCGAAUUAAUGAAGAAAAUAAAUGAUAAUAAGAGUUCUGGCGGAAGAGUUGAAUUAGAGGUGAAUGAUGUUAAUGAGAAAUUAGCCGAAAAAGCAGACAAAAAUGAGCUUUUAGCUCUGAGUGAUAAAGUCAAGAACCACGUUCAUUAUAUAACUUCAGACGAACAGAUUAUAACGGACUACCAUGGAUAUUUAACACGAAGUGAUGAAGUGAAGACAAAAAAUGUUAAUGAAAGAAGAUAUAAAUACAUUCGUGCUAAAGGUUAUGACAUAAGCUGUACUGUACAGUAUGAUGUAGCUAAAGCACCAGAAGCAUUUGGUUAUACCGGUGAAAUUUAUGCCUCUACUUUCAAUGUUAACGGUGUAUUAGUUGAACCAAGAUUUACUUUGAGAGUUAAGUCAAAAAUAACGUUUGAAGAUGCUAUUAAAAGUAAAGCUGACAAAGUUGAACUUGAAGCAAUGAACAAAGUUUUGAAAUCUCAUAAACACAACAUCUCCGAUAUAAAUGAACUUCAAGCUACAUUAGACAACAAAGCAGAUAAGGAAUAUGUGGCUAGUGUGUUAGAGAAGAAGGCGGAUAAGGAAUAUGUUAAUGAAAAAGAUAAUGAAAUUAAAGAAAAGGUUGAAUGGUAUCAUGAAUGGACAUCAAAGAUUUUAAAAACUAAAGCCGAUACAGGAUGGGUUUCAGGAUGUUUAGACCUUAAGGCGGAUAAAACUUAUGUUAACGAUGAGUUAGAGAAGAAGGCUGACAAGAACCAUACACAUAACUCCUUCACUACUGUUAGAGCAGACGACAUAAUAUUGAACUAUACCCUUGGUUCAAGUGCACCUUUAGAAAAUCCAAGUACAAGCGUAAAAGAUACUCUUAACAAUUUAGAUAACAGUUGCAGGAAUAUCGAAGAUCAUGCCAGAAACUUUGAAGCACAUGAACUACCAGCAAUGUUAGAUAAGAAAGCCGACAAAACUUAUGUAGAUGAAAAUUAUGCAAAGAAGUCGGAAGUAAAUGCUGCGCUUAAUGGAAAAGCCGAUAAAGAGCACGUGCAUGAAGAAUUUCAAACAAUCAAGAUUAAAGAAAUUAAGGCAUGCACCGAAAUAGUAACAAAAACAGGAAGAGACGGUGCAACUGUACAAGAACAAAGAAUUUAUCCUCCUACUUUUCCUAAUGGUUUAAUAACAAACAAUAUAAAUAUUGUAGAAGGCAAUAAAACUAUAAACGUUAAACAUGAACUUCUAACAAUGAAGGUCCAGAUUCUUCAAACCAUAUAUCCUAUAGGUUCUAUUUAUACGUCAAUGAACUCAACAAAUCCAGCAAGUGUUUUAGGUUUUGGUACGUGGGAACAGAUUGUAGAUAAAUUCCUCUAUUGUGCGAACUCUUCAAAGCAAACAGGUGGUUCGAAGAAAAUUAAAGAAGCAAACCUUCCACCGCACACUCAUACAGGAACUACAAACUUUUCUGGCGACCAUAACCACUCAUUAAGAGACCACCCAUUAUACAACUCAGAAUAUGAAGCUGGCAAUGACGUUUUAUCUCCAGAUUAUAAUCAUGCGGCAAAAAAGACUUUUCGACCAACUGAACCAGGAGGAAAUCAUUCACACACUUUCACAACAAAUCCAACAGGCCCGGGUGAAGAUUAUAUGCCACCAUUUGUGACUGUAUUCGCAUGGUGCCGCGUUCAAUGA